AUGUAUUUUUUGUCUCUUAUUUUAAAGGCACCUGCUCCAUUGGCCCCUCGAGGAGUGCAGGCCAAGCCAAAGUCCAAAAUCUCUGCCUCGCGAAAACUCUCUUUAAAGAUCCUCUUGCUCCAAAGAGCCAUUGACGAUCUAGAACAGGAGAAAGUGAGUCGGGAUGAAGAGAAGGUGAGAUAUCUGGCCGAGAAGAUGCCACCCCUUCAGGUAACUGGCCUCUCAAUGGAUGAGCUACAGAAACUGUGCCGGCAACUUCAUGCCAAAAUCGAUGUAGUGGACGAGGAGAGAUACGACUUUGAGGCCAAAGUGAAUAAAAACAACAGAGAUAUCCAUGAGUUGAACCUUAAGGUGCGAGAUUUAGGUGGCAAGUUUAAGAAACCGGCCCUGAGGAAGGUGCGUGUGUCUGCCGAUGAGAUGAUGAGAGCUCUGCUGGGCUCCAAACACAAGGGCUCCAUGGAUCUCAGGGCUAACCUUAAAUCUGUGAAGAAAGAAGACAUCAAACAAGAGAAGGUUAUGUCGUCAGAGGUGGGUGACUGGCGUAAGAACGUCGAGGCCAUGUCAGGCAUGGAGGGCAGGAAGAAAAUGUUUGAUGCUGCUGGUGGUGGACAGUGAACGGAGUGUAUAUACAGUAUAUAUAGUGUAUAAUUGUGUAAAUGGUGUGUGUAUUUGUUAUUGUAUUAGAAUUGAGUCAAGUCCAACAUAAAGGAAAAUCACUUGAAAGUAAUUUAAUCACAUCUUUAAAGUUAUUAAAAUUUCGAUGAUGC